AUCGGAAAAGAUCACGUGGGCAACAUUGUCGCGUGUGAAUCAAAACAAAAAAUGCACGUGGAAAAAAAUAGUGAGGAGGCAUCGCCGAAAAAACUCCAGCAAACCAUCAGCCCAGCGGUAUCAAACUCCCUGCGCCAGCUGGUCCACACCAAUGAGAACGUCCGGGUGCAGAAUGCUGUGAAUUUGGUGCAGCAACUUCUCCGGAAAUCCACUAACAAUCAGGACACCCGGGAGAGUGAUUACGUUCUCCGGCGACUCGUACGUGGCACUGGGGGUUCCAAUAAUGCAUCAAAGUGUGGAUUUUACACCGCAUUGGUGGGAGUUUUGGGUGCUCUCAAGAACAAUCUUUCUCUUGAUGAGAUUUUCGAUGUUCUGGACAAGGAACUCAAAGUUUCCAAGAAAGCCACAACGAAGGAGAACGCCGAUGCAUACGUUGGGCAUGUCCUUGUUGUGACUGCCCUGCAGAAAUGUGGAAUGUUGGCUGGGAAGAAGAAGAAUCAGGUGGUGAAGGCACUGGAGUAUGUCGUGGCAGCGUCACAGCAGAAAGCCUAUCACUACAAACUCUCCUACAGCUGCCUCCUUGGAUUCUUGGCAAGUCAAACAGAGGAGGAAUUCAAGAAGACUCUUCUGCCAUUUAUGAGGGAUAAUUUGAAGACGUCUUGGGAGGAACAAUCAGUGUACUCCCUGCACUUCCUCAUGGAAGCACAAACACGUUUCCCAGCACUAAUUGAUGAGGCGUUCUUGGAGGAUUUUCUGGGCACUAAACACAUCCUGGAGAAUGGGAAUUUUGAGAAAAUUUAUGAACUUUUCUGGGCUGAAAAGCCCGAAACGGAAAUCAUGCAGCCUGCCUACGAUACUCUCGGGAAGUUUGCUGCAAAGUCCAAAAAUUUCAUAAAGUUCUGGACAUUUAUUGUGGGAAAGACAACAGAACAUCCCAACAGAGCUAAGGAAGUGAUCACGAUGAAAUUGGCAACAGAUGCUCUGAAUAGCGACAAUUUGACCAAAGGAUUGGUCAAGAUGUUCUCUGAGAAAUUCCUGGAGAUGAUCUUCCGUUCCCUGCGACAGCAAACUAAGGAUGAGGUGCUUAAAGCUGUUUAUCUUGAAUUCUUCGAUUCCCUCUUUGAGGCACUCAAAAAGCAGGAAGACAAGCAAAUGCCAGUUCUGCGGAAACUACUCUGCCAUCCGGGAACACUUUUGAUAGACAAAUACCACUUCUCCAAUAAAAUUCUCUACAAAACAAUCGGCGUGAUGAAGGAGGAGAUUUUGAAAGAAUUCGCAAACUUCCUCAGAAACAUCCUAAUUGAUCAGGAAGCAAAGAAUCCAGCUGAAUCCGGGGAAAAAUGGCUCAAUACGGAGAAGGUGGUUGCUGUGCAAAUCUUCCAGAGGAUCAUUACAACAAGAUUGCUGGCGCAUGAGACAGAGUGGAAGCUGAAUCAAGCCAAAUUCCUCCUGAACAUUUCAAUUUUCUUCUCAAAUGACGGGGAAUGUGUGGAAAAGAAGUCGGACUUGUGUGUAGUUCCCAUUGAGCUUGCAAAUCACACAAUGAACCUCUUCUACCACGGACUAGAAGGUUCCUUUUCAACCAUGGAAAAUGGGAAAGUCAUCCUGAGUGGUCUAGUUGAGCACUGCAAUGCAAUUCUGGGCAGGAAGAACGCGCAGAAAUACCUCCGGAGGGAAUUUAGUGAGAAAAGUCUCAAGAUUUGGGCGGAUAUGUAUAAAACUGUAAAGGAUUUGUCUGAGGCUGGUGAGAAAUUCCUCGUAUUUGAGGUGCUGAUGCUCUCAAUGGGUCUUCAGCUGUUUCGUGAUGCUGACGUGGCGCAGGAAUCCCUGAAGGAGCUUCAAAGUUGCGUUGUCAGGGCCAAGGAGAAGAAGACUCAACUCAGGAGCAAAGAUGAUUCUGAACCCGAAUGGAUUGAGGUGUUGAUAGAUCUGAUCUUGCACCUCCUGUCGCAGGGAUCUAGUAUUUUGAGGAAUAUCAUCAAAAAGGUCUUCCCCUCGCUGUGCCCUCAACUAAAUCUCUCAGCAAUCUAUCAAAUUCUCUCACUGCUGGACAUGAAGGAUGGUCAGAAUCCCCUAAAGUAUGAAAAUGAGGCAGAUUCCGAGGAGUCUGGAGAUGAGAAAGAUGUCAAAAUGAAUGGAAAUCAGGAAGAUUCCGAUGAAGAGAGCAACAGCGAAGAAGAAGAUGACGAUGACGAUGAAGAUGUGGAGGAUGACGAGGGAACUGUAACGGAUAAGCUGCGAUCUGCGGUUUCCUCAGCUCUCGGAUUUAAUGGCACUGAAUCAGAUCAGGAAUCAGUAAACUUGGACGAUAUGUCAGAGGAGGAGGGAAAGAGAUUGGAUGAAGCUCUCUCGGCUGCCUUUAAGAUUGCCCACGAGAAUAAACCACGGCGGAAAACUAAGAAAGAUCACAGAGAGGAUACAACACUCGUUCACUUCCGGAAUCGCCUCAUUGACCUUCUCGUGAUCUACCUGAAGCACAACCCAGAAUUGAAUGUUACGCUGGAGAUAAUGAUUGCUCUGUACGAUAUGCUUCCUUACUGCGUCGAUGAGGAAUCAAAGCCACUUCUCGGGAAGAUUCAGGAAGCUUUGAUGAUUCUCGUGAAUGUCAGGACCUUCCGCAAUGACGGACCACAGGCUGUUAGUACAGAAAAUCUCUCCAAUGCACUUGCACAGCUCUUCCGGAAGAAUGAGAAUCCCCAAUCAAUGGAAGUUAGGAAUAAUUUUGUAGUCAAGGGAGUAAAGUUCAUCAUUAGUAGUUGCAGUAAACUCUCCCUGCCGUCCGACUCAAUUGAGACCACAAUCGGGGAUUUCCUGACAGAGUUUAUCAACACACGCAAUCCUACGCUCAACUUCACCUUCUUCUCCAGCAUCUUCAACAUCUCCUGGCUUGGAUUGUGGACACUGUGCGAUAAGAUUAGAGAAAAUGGCAUUGCAACUACCACACGAUCCUUCCGGAGGAUUCAAUCAUUUGAUCUGCUGACCAUCCUCUACAAAAAUCACCGCCUAAUCAAGGAGGACGUUGAGAAAGCAUCCAAAGCUCUCGGGCAGAUUGAGAAGGCUCUAGGAAGCUUCCUGCAGAGCAUUCCCCAGACCACAAUCUCCCUCAAUGAAUUCAAGAGCUUAAAUCUCCUCCUGUGGGAGGUUCAACGAUGCCAUAAACAAAUUCCCGAACUCAAAGCCAAGAUGAACUGGAAGGAAGCCCUGGAGAAGGUGCAAGAAGCCCGUUUGGGCAUACAGUUGGACGCUACUGCAAUGAACAGCUACACGAAGCUCUGUAGCGCUCUGGGAGGGAGCGCCGUUAAGAAUUCCGAGAUUCAGAAGCCACAGAAGGAAACAAACGGCGUAGCUGAAGAUGCAGAAAUGAAUGAGACCCAGGAGGCAGUUAAUGGAGCUCCUGCGGGACGUGGGAAGAAGCGAAAAAUGCAGCAGCAGAAUCAAUUGAAGGUGAAGAAGAACAAGAAACAUUCAAGACUUGAAGCAGCAGCCGAUGGAUUAGGAGAUGGAAUUAAUUUUGCAAAGAAUGUUGAUUAUUCAGAUGAAGAUUAAAAUAAAAACCCUUAAGCUGAAGAUUUUGGAGAAUAAAAUUGUUUAAAAAAAACAUUAAU